GGGUAUGUUAAUUCGGAAAUUACUUGAUAUCAGGCAUCAGCCCAGAAUUCCACUGCAAAGUGUACCAAAAUCCUUGAAACUGACACAAGCAGCAAAAACCUCCGAUAAACCCCCACCUUAACUUCACCGAAAUUUUUUUUUGCGGUGUUGCUACUUUUUUCACUGAAUGUCUUUUGUACUAUGUAGCCGAAACUGCAACUUUAUCAAGGUAAGUCGUCUUCUUCCUCGCUUUCUCUCUGCUCAAACCCUAAUUUGCUCAUUUACCCAGAUCCGUUUUACUCAUGUUGCACCGUUUAAUCAUACUUUUUCUUCAUUUUCUUCUUCAUUUACCUGUACCCAUCAUUUUAUUUCCCAAUUUUUGCCUUUCCCUAGCUCUAAUUUGAUAAAUUUUGAUGUAAUUAAUUCAAAUGAGCGGCGUAGAAUUGUUGUUGGGCUAUCAAGAAUGAUAAAGCAUAAAGAGUUUGAGAUUUUGAUGGGUUUUUCACAAAUUUUUUGCCCCUUUUCUCUUGUAAAGAUUAUGAAAUUGUUUGAUAGUAGGGAGACUGCCUCUGCAUUUUUUAGGCUGGCAUUUCAGGAUCAUUGUGAUGAUACUAUUAAACAAUGUUGCAUUGCUGCACAUUUGCUUGUAGCUGAGGAUCUUAGGUUGCUAGCUCAGGAUGUAAUAUCUUGGGUCAUCUCGAGAAUUGGGUCGUGCAGAAGUUUGUACUUUUUGGAGCAAAUGUGGAGCCGGCAUGCGGAAUAUGAGUCGGGUUUUUCGGUACUUGACUCACUUAUGAGGGGUUUAUUGGACGCUGGGUUCAUUUAUAUGGCAUUGGAUGUGGUGAAGCAAAUGAGGGAUUUUGACAUGGUACCAAGUCCGUCAGCUGUUAGUAUUUUGUUGAAGUUGCUGUUUAGGGUUGGUGAUCAUGGUAAUGUGUGGAAAUUAUUUAGAGAUAUGAUUGGCAAAGGGCCUUGCCCAUCUAAUUUUACAUUCAAUUCUAUGAUUCUAGGAUUUAGUAGACACGGUUGUCUUGUAACUGCAGAGAGUUUGUUACAUAUAAUGCGGAAGUUUCAUUGUCAGCCUGAUGUAUAUGCAUAUAAUAUUUUGAUAAGUGCAUUUUGUAUAAGAGGGAGAAGUUCUGAUGGAUUGACUUGGAUGCAUUUGAUGAUUGAUAGUGGCUGUAACCCAAGUAGUGUUACCAUGAAAAUUAUCAUCAAUGCAUUGUGCAAGGAGGGUAAUGUAGCAGCAGCAAGAAAGUUAUUUGAUGGGAUGGUUGAAUUGGGCCUCAGUCCCUCUAUCAUCAUGUAUAAUGCUCUAAUUGAUGGAUAUGUAAAAGCAAGAGACAUGGUUCUAGCAAAUGGUGUUUUUGAAGACAUGAGGAGAAAAGACAUAGCUCCUGAUGUUAUAACUUUCAACAUUUUAGUUGCUGGACACUAUAAGUAUGGGAAGGAAGAAGACGCUAAACAUGUCCUGAAUGAAUUUUUAUCGUCAAAACUUAUACCAGAUGCUUCAGUGCCUGAUUUUUCAGUCUGUGGAUUGUGUUGGGCUGAUCGGCUUGAUGAGGCCAUGAAAUUGUUAGAGGAAUUGCUUGAGAGGGGGCUUCCUGUUAGUGUUAUUGCUUUUAACUCCCUUAUUGCAGCCUAUGGUAAAGCAGGGCUUGAACUAGAAGCCUUUAGAGCCUAUAAAACAAUGGUCAAAUUUGGUCUUUCUCCUACAUCAUCCACAUGUAGCUCCUUGCUUAUGGGUUUGUCGAAGAUGGGUAGGCUGCAAGAAGCUAAGGAGCUCAUGAAUCAUAUGAUAGCAAAAGGUUUUCCUGUAAAUAAAGUGUCCUUUUCUGUGCUUCUAGAUGCUUACUGCCAGAAUGGGGACAUGUUAGGGGCUCAAACUUUGUGGAAAGAAAUGGAUCAGAGAGGCUUAUCACCUGAUGCUAUUACCUUCUCUAUUUACAUCGAUGGGCUUUCUAAAGCUGGCCUAGUGGAGGAGGCUUUUUCUGUUUUUACAGAAAUGAAAUUCAGAGGAUAUUUGCCGAACAACUUUGCAUACAACUCUUUGAUAUUUGGUUUAUGCAACUGUGGCAUGAUGAAUGAAGCACUGAAAUUGGAGAGAGACAUGAGGCAAAUGGGUCUGACUCCUGACAGGUGUACUUUUAAUAUCAUUAUCAAUGGAUUCUGUAAGCAGGGGAGAAUGAAGCCAGCUAUUGAUGCUUACGUGGAGAUGCAUCGCACUGGUUUAACUCCAGACAUAGUGACUUACAACACUCUUAUUAAUGGGUAUUGUAAAGCAUUUGACAUGGCUAGUGCUAAUGACCUUGUGAGCAAAAUGCAUUUGAGUGGUUGGAGGCCUGACGUUACCACCUAUAACAUCCGCUUGCACGGGCUUUGUUCUAGUCAGAGGAUAAAUCAAGCUAUGACAAUGUUGGAUGAGCUAGUAUCAGCUGGUAUUGUUCCAGAUUCUGUCACAUACAACAUUAUGAUAAAUGGAGUUUGUGGUGACAUACUGGAUCGGGCCAUGAUGUUGGUUGCAAAGUUGCUAAAGCUGGCUUUCAUUCCAAAUGUCAUUACUAUAAAUUUGUUGCUUUCUCGUUUUUACAAGCAAGGGAUACCUCAAAAGACCCUGAUGUGGGCUCAAAUGCUCCAUGAGAUUGGUUUUGACUUUGACGAUGCUACAUAUAAGAUAAUUGAUAGGGCUUAUGGUAAGUUGCAAGAAAAUAUAGAAGAUUCAGCUUGUACAUCAGAGAAGAGUUUGUUUCUUGACUUUCUCAUGUACAUCAAUUAUGAUUACUUACGUAGAAGUAUGGGUGGCCAUGAACAACAUCAGCAUCCUAUAAGUUUACUUGAUGAAUUCCAAGUGUCUUCAUGUGCUGGGUAGGCAGCUUUUUCUUUCUUUUUGAGGUUCAAUGGAUCUUUGCUCACAUAUGAGUUGCACCAACAGCUAGUAACAACUAAAUCACUGGUGGGGUCAAGAUCUUUGCCGCAUUAACUCCUAGGUGAAACUUGCUCAACUAUGAGCUAAAAUAUGGAAUUGAAAAUACAGAAAGAACAACAGAUCAAGAGAUAUUAGAACUUGAAACAACGUCAUUUAUGAGAAAGAUUGACCUUUUCUGUUGACCUGUAAGACAUUGUUUUGCAACUAAAAAAAUAUUGGAGAAGGUAUCCCUUCUCCAAAUUUGAUGUAGAAAAUUAUUCAUA